AUGAGCGACCUGCACGUAUCACGUCACAGCCCGCUGGACGUCCAGCGGGAGCAGACCAACCGGCUGCACGACCAAGAUGUCACCCACAUCAUCGCCGCCGAGGCCGAGUUUGCCAAUGUAUUCCCCGAAGCCCAGAUCGACACCCUCGUCUGGCUCCAGAUCCCGCCCUCUUCGGCCGCUGCCAUCAAGAUGACCUGCAUGGGCACAGCCUACCCCACCAGCUGGCUGCUCUGCUACAACUCGGCCGUUCUCCGUGACAGUGGCUUCGCCAAAUUCGCCCAGCUGCUCGACGACGAGCGCUACCAAAAACGACAAGCGAGCAAGCUGCUGCUCAGCGGCUUACUCGGGGACAAUGCAGCCACAGUCAUGCAGAAGAUCCGCUACGUGCUCGACCUGGGACCGUCGAUCGACUUUGACCUGCGGUCAGAGCACCUCGAGGCCCUGACCUUGCCCAAAGGCAUUGUGCAGUACAGCAUGAUGACCCGCCUCGAUCCAGCCCGACGUGUGCCCAUCUCCGCCGCCGGCGGCCACGACGAUGCCUGCCACUGUUUCGACAUGAAAAUCCGGGGUGCCAAGAUCGACGAGCCGGGCUACUGGAUCAAUGGCCAGCACAAACCACUGACCGUCCAAGGCGAUGCUGUCCCGGAGCCAGCGACUUCGCCGUCCGACGGAGUCGCACAAACAUCCGUCGAGUCCACUUCGGACACCGGAGCCACAGAGAGAGAGGCCACCGAUCUUGAAGACGUUGGUUCGGACGAGUCCCCUGUGCCACCACCCUCGUCACCACAAAGGCCGGAGAUCACACACGCACCCGCCGAUCCCGCCAUCCUGCAGGACGGCUCGCUGACUGGCUCCAUCUGGGACCUCCCGCUGGCACCCGAGUUCCGCAUCGACGACUACUGUGAGGUCCGUCACAUUGCCAACGUCAUCCGGCUGUUGCUGGCCAUGGCCGGCAAGCCGCUCCACCUCAACUCCGCCGCCCGUGUGUUCACCAUUGCCGGCCUCGCGAAGCUUUUCCACCUCAAGAGCAGCGAUGUCUACCACAUCAACGCUACCUCGGUGGCGGGAAGCCAGAACCAGUCCGGGCCGCUUACCGGUUUCGCCUUUGCAAACCGCCUUCGCUCAAUCGUUUCAGACUGGUUCUUCAGGUUGAACAACGUCAACAUCGUCGACAUCUUACCGGAGGAGUGCUUUAUUAUUGCAUGGAACAUCAAACUGCCUGUCGUUGCCCGUGUUGCGUAUCGCAUCCUUGUCGCUGAGCGCGCCCUGCAAGAGGCCGGCACCACCGACGCCCAGCCGCGCAAGUACCAGAGCCGUCAAAAGUCUGUGUUUGGCCGCGAGCUGUCGGGCCUGCUCGACGAGGACAUGGAGACCAUGAUCGACCACUCCAGCGAGGCCUUUGUCCAGCGCAUCAUGCAAAACCGGGACACAGAGGUUGCCGAGACCAAGUCUCGCAUCCAAGAGUUUUCCGCCUCAGAGGACCUGACAGCGACGGGGGCCUCCAUCGUGAUCCCUGAUGUUGUGCACAAGUACGAGUACGAAUCGCUGACGACCAUGUUCCAGACAUACAAUGGACCCAUUCUCAAGCUGCAACAGAUCGCCGACGUUCUCACCAAGUUUGUCAAGAUCGAGGAAACCAUUGCCCAGGUCGACACGCGUCAUCUCCUAGGGCCCCAUGACUAUCCCGUCGCGAAUGCGCUGGCCGCCGUUCGCCGGCUCCUGGACCACCUUACCCACAUUGUCCGCGUCUGCUUCCCCCGCAGCCUGGCCGACUCCGACUUGUUGAACAAUACGUAUACCGAGGACGUCCAAAAGAGCCUCAGCUUCUACGUGCGCCAGAAUGUGCUGCACAAGAACUGGUUUGUCCACAUCUACAACGACCUGCCCGACGACAAGAAAGCCAUGACGGCCGUGUACUGGCGCCUGCUCGGCCGGUCUGUGGAGGAUAAGCUGUCGAAGCAGUUUGAUCGCACCCACUUUAUGGAUCUCGUCGCCUCCGCCAACGCCGCCCUCUUCAAGUCCCUGAUCUAUGGCGUUCCCAUCGGCACCGGGGACAUACGUGACAAGCUGCGCUUAGACCUGCUGGAUCAUCUGAAGCCCAUGAUCGGACAAGAUGUGACCCUGUACUCCCUCCAGUCCAUGGGCGAGCUGGAAGCAUUUACGGCUGUCGACUUUCGCUAUGCCCUCUACUACCACGCCUCCCGCCUGUACAAGAGGAUUUACGACCGCGAUUGUUUUUUCCCCGAGUUUGAGCUGGAGGUGGUUCGCGCCUCGCCGCAUCUGUUGCUGGGCCUGUCCAAUGAGGAGUUCCGGUUUCUUCCCUUGUGGGCAGGCGGCGACAACGACGGUACAGGCGCCGUCUUUGAGCCAGCGCUCCCCACGGCUCAUCUCGGACCCAUCUCGCCCGGACCAGAGUACCACACCGGCACGACCGAAACGAGCAUGAGCACGCCGAGCAUCGACGACACGCUGAGCAUGGCCGGCCCACCUUCCAUCAGCGACGCCGGAAACACGGAGCGGUAUGGAGACGCGGCGAUGAGCGACGCAGGUACGGCGCGUGGAGCUGGUGACGGUGGCAACCACGAGGACGACGAUGCCCAGAGCGUGUCCAGCAGCUUCAUCAUGGUCCGCAACUUUGACGGACUCAACUUGACGCCCGCCCAAGCUGCCGCCGCCGCCGCCACUGCCACUGCCUCAGCCACCUCUGCCACGUACUCCCUACCGAGCACGGCAUCGGUGAACAGCUCCUCGCUGCCCAGCGACGUCAGCCGCGCCGUCCAGGACGGCUACUCGACCCUGCCCGGCACGAGCGCCUCCGCCAGUCUGGCGACGCCGAGCAGCUCGUCGGUGGCGUCUUUGUCGUCGUCGCCGUCGGUGGCGCUGACGACGAGCUCGUUUGACGAUGUGGUCGUCGUACGGCCGGCGGUGACAGCGGCCAACGCGCCCAUGGCCACGGCCACGGCCAGCACGUCCACGGACGUCGAUUUUGGCUUUGAGUACGACGAAAACGAGGACGGCAUCUACAAUUACGAGGACGACGACGACGUCGAGGACCAGGAGUAUUACGACGAUGACGACGACGCAAAGUCAGAUGACACCGUGAUGCCCGACCGAGACGACGUUGAGCAGGCCAUGCGGCAGGACGUGCAGCUGCAGCAGGCCGCGUCCAACUAG